AUGGUGUGUCCUUUGGGGGGGGUUGGAACCCUUUGGAAUUCUCUGGAAUUCUCCUUGGAAUUCUCUGGAAUUGAUGUAAAGUUGGGGGUUCCAGGGGUGAUUCCAGAGGGGGAAAAAAUAUCCUUGAAAAUCUGGCAAAAAUUCCUUGGAAAAGCUGGAAUUCUUAAGAAAGAUUAUUCUAUUCCUGCUCCAUUAAAAAGUUUAGGAGGGAAGGAAUUCUUGGUUUUGCCAGGGAUUGGGUGUUGCCAAAUGCUGGGAAUUCUCUCACAAGGAAACUCUUUUGGGGGGAUUUGUAGGAAAAAAGGGAAAGGCUGUGCAAGGAUAACCAGGAGCCAGCAGGGCCUUUUCCUGCUGCUGGAAUUCUGUCCUGGCUCUGUGGGAUUUGCCUUGACCUUCAGCAGCAACAUCAGACCUGUGGCUCCCAGUGGGGAUGUGGGGUGGCUCAGCUGCCCCUGGAAGUUUAGUGUGGGAAUGGGAAAUGCCCAGAGAGCUCAGGGAUAUCCUGGAGGGCUCCUGGCCUGGGUCCAGAAUUCCUCAGCACCUGGAGGAGCCGUGUCCGUGCCCAGCUCUGACCCCAAGGAAAUUCCUCUGGAAAAUCCCAGCCCCAGAUGUCACUGGGGGCUGCUCCUGCUCCUCCCCACCCACUGGGAUCAAUCAGGGAACAAUGGGGCUGGUGUGGGAAGGGGAUGGAGCAGGGAUGGGCAAACCUCAAACCCUGCAGAGCCUGGGGACUCUCUGGGAGCUCCUGGAUCCCUCAUUUCCCUCCCUCUGCUCCUUUUCCAAGGACUGGUGGAGGAAUCACUCCCUGCUCCAGGGGGAACAGCCCCACGGGGAGCUGGGCCCUGGGGCAAAGUGCCAGGUGCCAUCCCCAGGUGUGACAUCCCCAGGUGUGACAUCCCCAGGUGCCACCCCCAGGUGUGACAUCCCCCGGUGUGACAUCCCCAGGAGCCAUUCUCAGGGGCCAUUCUCAGGGGCCAUUCCCAGCUGCCAUCCCCAAGUGUCAUUCCCAGGUCUCAUCCCCAGGUGCCAUCCCCAG